AUGAGCUUUGAGGAUUAUGGCAACGCCCAAGAUAUUGGGAAAGACGGUACUAAAUACCAUAAUCAGGAGAACCAACGUGAACUUUACUUGACCGAUCAUAGCAAAUUAAGGCGAAAUAGCAAAGGUGGUGCCCAGUGGUUGCAGGUGAGAAUGCCUGGCAAUAAUGAAAAGGGGGGUGAUCAGCUUUAUAAUACACUUUAUACUGCACAUCCAGAGGAGUUCUCAGUUCCCGAAGUUGUUCUUUUGCCAUAUGGAGAGAGUUCAGAGGGCGUGAAGUAUGUUGACAGCAAGAAUAGGACUGUGCAGACACCGCGUAUAAACAUAGAAACACCUCAAGAAACUUCUCAGUGGUAUCCGCAGAGGUCGCCGGGAUUAGAUUUGCAGUCUUCCGGAAACAUGAAUAAUGACUCAAAUCUGACAGAGUUCAACUCUUUCAAUACUCCUUCACAGGAUAACAAGUUCCAAUAUAGGGAUGGUUUUUCAAAUGCGCCAGAUUUUCCUCACUCUCCUAUAGGGCUAUCACCCUCGAUGAACAGAGGAGAGUAUGAUGCAUGGCCGCGUAUGAGCUAUUUAAAGAAAGCUAGCGAUGACCUUGAUGAAAUACUGAGUCUACAUUCAGUAAAUACGGAUGCAUCGGAGUACCUACAGGUCCAUAACAUGGACGAAGUGAAUGAAAUACUAAGAGAUACGAAUGACUUUCUUCGUGCAUCCGAAGUUGCUUCGCAAUGUUCAAACCCAGGUACUUCUGGUAAUGUCAAUAGUCUUAUUCAGAAUACUCCACUGAUAAAUGUUCAAAAUGCAUCUUCUGGGAACUUACCUCUCUCAAGUGUUAGCGUUACGCCAUCUCCGAGAACCUCAUUCAAUGAGGGGGAAACACGACCACAUAUAGACUUUUUAACCGUUCACAACGAGGAUUUUACUGUCCUCACGGAUGAUGAUGAUUUGGAUGACCAUGGGAAAAUGUAUCUGGGGCGGAAGUCAAGACAUCGGAAUUCCAGCAGAUCUGCAAGGUCGCGUUCUUCUGGCCGAAGUUUGUCUCCGGACGAGAAAGCUCGUUCACUCAGCAAAAACAGGGAGAAAUUACUAGAAUUGGCUGCAUUGCAGGUCCCGGGCUAUUCGGGUUCAACUGCAACCGCUAGUUCGGCACAUUCACAUAGUUCUGCCUCAUCGCUUAACAACUACGCAGCUCAGUUAUCAACGCCGUUGGAUGAAGGGGAAACUGCAUUAAAUUUAUCGGGAAACACUAGGCGAAAGUCAAUACAGAAAAAUCCUGCCAUUUACUCUUGUGAUCUUUGCGAUAAGAAAUUUACCAGGCCUUAUAAUCUGAAGUCUCAUUUACGGACACAUACGGAUGAGCGUCCAUUUUCCUGUAAUGUUUGCGGGAAAGCAUUUGCAAGGCAACACGAUCGUAAGAGACACGAAGAUCUACAUUCAGGAAAGAAACGGUACGUUUGUGGAGGUAACUUAAAGGACGGAACUGCAUGGGGAUGCGGUAAAAAGUUUGCUAGAAGCGAUGCCUUAGGAAGGCACUUCAAGACGGAUAGUGGUCGCAGAUGUAUUGCGCCGCUGUAUGAAGAAGCGUCCCGCGAACGUGCGGCUCAAAAUCUCGCACCUCCAUCGGAAAACGAACAGUUGUGGUUAAGUUAA